AUGGGGUAUGAGCCAUCUUCAGAACACAAAGGAACAUCUUAUACGGCUGAUAAAGGGAAACCUUCAGGUUCGGGUUCUGCGGAAAGAUUAUCUUUUGCUAAUGUAGUAAAGGAUAAAAAAGAGACUGUGAAGGUGAAUUUCAGGGUGAUGGAAUCAAGCGAGGAAGUUGAUGGUGCCGAUGUAGUGAUUCCAUUGUCUUCAGUUAAACAAGUUACUGACAGGUAUGCGAAUACUUUGUACGGGUGCUUUUUGGGUAAACGACUGGCUUUUCCCGUGGUGGAUUUUUAUGCGAAGAACAAUUGGGUAAAAUAUGGGUUGUCAAGACUUAUGAUGAAUGCACACGGGUUCUUUUUCUUUAAGUUCAAAACUAAAGAAGGAAUGGACCAAAUGUUAGAGGAUGGACCGUGGAUGAUACGAAAUGUUCCAAUAAUUUUGAAACAGUGGUCUGCCUCUACCAAGUUGGAAAAAGAGGAACUGAAAUCUAUUCUAGUGUGGGUCAAGAUGCAUGAUGUGCCUUUAGCGGCAUUUACUGAGGAUGGGCUUAGUCUACUUGCAUCGAAGAUUGGGGUACCUAAAAUGUUGGACUCGUAUACUGCCACAAUGUGUACGGAAUCUUGGGGAAGAAGCAGCUAUGCUAGGGCUCUCAUUGAGGUACAGGCAGGGGCUGAUUUAAAGAAGAGUGUUAAUGUUGCAAUCCCAUCUUUGGAGGGUGAUGGCCAUUCAGUGGCGGAGGUUAAGAUUGAGUAUGAUUGGGAGCCUCUAAGGUGCUCAUCUUGCUGUGUUUUCGGGCAUGAAGACAGCUCGUGUCCUAAGAUCCCUCAGGUAAGUUCAUUUGGGGAUACUGAGAAGAGGAAUAAUGAUGAAUUUCAGGUCGUGGGUGCCAAAAAGAAGAAAGCUACUACUCAAGGGCUUCAUAUAAAAAAUCAAAAACCUAAGGUAGUCUAUCGUCCAGUUGCCAAACCUAAACCGAUUUCGACUGUGAAAAAUUCGAAUCAGGUUUCAACGUCGAACCCUUUUGAUAGUCUUAAAGAUGACGAUGGUAAUCAAGAAGGUACCACGGUGGGUCGAGUGGAGAAGAAGGAGAAACAGUCGAGUGGCAGGCAGGAAUCGGAUGAGGAGGAGGUCAUCGAAGGCUACAAUGAAAUUAGUGAAUUUAUGACAUCGGGUACUCAUUCUUUUUCUUCUAAAGCAGGGGCGAGCACCUCUUCUACCAGAUUCUCUAAUGGAUAA